UUUCAGCAACACUGUGUCCACUCGCUCCGUGGAUAAAUUUGUGCGUGAAUGAAUGAUAUUGCAAUAUUUAGAUCGUUCUCAAAAUGUUCCCGUUCAACAUGUUCCACGAGCACCUCACACGGCCCUUCAAUACCCAGUACAGGUCCUACUCCGUCUCCAUGCUUCCCGGAAACGAGAGACAAGACGUUGAACGAGGCGGCAAAAUUAUAAUGCCCCCAUCUGCACUCGACCAUUUAACACGGCUCAACAUUGUCUACCCAAUGCUCUUCAAGCUCACAAACAAAAAGUCCAACAGGGAAACACACUGCGGAGUCUUGGAGUUUGUUGCAGACGAGGGAAAAGUGUACUUGCCAUACUGGAUGCAGAGAAAUUUACUGCUCGACGAAGGGGAUCUUGUCCAAGUUGAGAGUGCCACACUCCCAGUUGCAACCUUCUCCAAGUUUCAACCUCUCUCGGUUGAUUUCCUCGACAUCACCAACCCCAAGGCUGUGCUCGAGAACGCACUGCGAAACUUUGCCUGCCUUUCAACGGGCGACAGCAUUGCCAUCGAGUACAAUAACAAGAUCUACGAGUUGUGUGUCCUUGAAACCCGUCCAGGAAAGGCGGUGUCCAUUAUCGAAUGUGACAUGAAUGUUGAAUUUGCCCCGCCCGUGGGCUACAAGGAACCUGAGCACCACUCCGCACCCAAGAAGCAAGAGAAGGAGGCCGAGAUGGACCUGUCUGCCUACGACGCCGAGGCUGCAGGAUUCGUGGCCUUUAGUGGGAAAGGGACCAGACUUGACGGAAAAGCACGCUCCCAGGAAUCCACCUCGAAUGACGUCGUCAAGCUGCCUCCCCGAAGAGGCAUUCCCGACUACGACUACGAAAUUGGGACGCUGCGAUUUAUACGGACAGCUAGACCGGCACAAGAAGAUCCUGAUAGCAAGAACGAAGAGCAGUUCGAAGCCUUUUCUGGAGAAGGACGUUCGCUCAGACAGCAGAAAUCCAGGAAGUAGAGGAAGGGGUGGGGAAAGGGGGGGCAUUUGGCACAUAUUUAUUCUUUAAAGACCAAUUUUGGGAACAGCAGGUUGAAAGUGGUUUAAAUAAAAGUGACUUGAACACUGCUGCACAA